AUCCAGUUUCAUUUCGAAGCCGGUCUCUCGCGUUAGCGCUUAGCGCGAUUUUUGUCACUCCGUCGCUCGUGACGAUUGCUCGACCGAAUAACACUGGAAUGUGCACAGUCUAUUCAACUCCGUGAGUUGAAAACUUUCCGAGGGAGUAGUGACUAAUUAUAGCUCGCAGCCAGCCGGGGGUGCUCAGGCUCAGCAGGGUUGUCACUUGUUGUCAGGAAUCAGGCAGGAUCAGGAGUAUCGAGACUCAUCGAGAGCCAUUUUGUAAGAAGAAGAAAAGAAGUGACGAGUCUUAACCUCUAAUAGUUAGAUCCCUAACCUAUCUUUUGUCGAAUGCUGUUUUGCUUACGCUGACAGCGUUUACUAUAGGAGGGUAGCUUUAUUCUUGCCGGAAGAAAUGCCGAAGAACAAAGGUAGAAAUGCAUUCUUCUUCUUUAUGGCCGACUGGAGGAAACGUAUGGAAGCGCAAGGUCGCAAGUUUCCUAACGGUUUCAAAGACGUUCAACAGGAUCCGGACUGUAACGAGGAGUGGCAGAGUUUAACUAAGCAAGAAAAAGGUCCUUAUGAAGCUAUGGCCAAGCAAGAUAAAGUCUCAUCGCAAAUAGGAAGCAAAGACAAGAAAACAUCACUUGGAGAAUCAAUAAGUGCUCUUGAACAGAAAGAAAAGGAAGCACUGAUGUUUAUAAAAAAUAUGCAAGAAAAUAUCAAACUAAUAAUCGACUCAGCUGUAAAUCUUAAUUUUGUUUCACAAUUGAAAUUUUGUUUCGUACAUGUUAACUGGUUUUUCACCAGACUUGUUAACAACACUUGCGAAUAUUUUCCGGCCGAAUAUGCAUUUGGAGUUUUUUCACUUGAGAAUGGCAUAGAAGAGGUGCAUCAUGCAAUUGUUAGCGCUAAAAUUCCGUUGGGAUUUAGACGGGAAGCACUGGAGAUGAGUGGGACCACUCAUAACAUACCUGUAGAAUAUCAAGGCGGAGAUACUGACUUUGCUGUUAUGUACGUAAAAUUGGUGAAUUUCCUAGAAUCUAGGAAACUUGUGGAUCAGUAUCCUUAUCUUUAUACAACAAGAGGUCUCACACAAGCAGUACGGUCUUUGAUAGGAAAACUGUGCGAUGAAGCAGAACAAGAUAAAGAACAGUUUAAAAUUUAUGAUUUGGAAUCAUUGUUUAUACACUUGGCAAAUGAAGGCUACAAGAAAAGGAAAGACCGAGAAAUACGGUUUAUUCCUGCUUAUGCUGAAAAUAUGUUUACACGCAUUACAUAUAUCUUUGAAAAAGGAAUUGAAUGUGAUUUUCACAGAUACGUUGAUGGAGGGUCUGAAUACUGCAGUAAAGCUGUGCUGUAUCAUUGGGCAUGGACAUUGUGCGAUGAGUUUUGUGAACCAUUUGGAGUUAAUACGAAGCCAGGAAUACAUUAUCCCAGCGGAUCUGAACCUCGUUUAUCUGAGAUGGAAAAUGUAAUGAACAAAUUGAAAAUUGAACACGCUCCAUCUACAUCUGACUUUAAUGCAGUUUUGUCUAUGACAGGCGUAAGUGAACAACAUAGAUUGAAAGUGUCUAGUAGAACAUCUGAAGAAGAACUGCGCCGUCGAACUGAAUCAAAACCAGUACAAGUUAUUGAUUGUAGCAAGUUGCAAGAACCUGUUGGUAAAUCUAUUAACAAGGCUAUUGAUAAAUUUGUUCCUAUUGAGUCGCCUAUUGAAGAAAAAAAAUAUGUGUCAAAAUACUUAAAUGAAAAACCGUUGCGACCUCCAAAUAUUGAUCCAUUCGCUUAUUCUUCUAUGGAAGAUUUUCUUCUAAGAGAUGAUGAGAGCUUUCCUCCUAUUGGUGGAAGAGGCGUGUCUAUUAAAUCUCGAAAUCCACGAAAUCCAAAAAAAGCGCCUUUAGGCAAAGGACAAGGACACACAUAAGCCAGAUUUUUAAAAGGAGGCAUAACAGAUCUGAUACAACUUCAUCUGAGAACGGUAUUUGUUUAACAGUUUAUAACUGUUGAUCAAGAAAAUACGUUAUUUCUAAUAUAAUCAUUUAUUUUGCAAUGGAUAUUAUGAUGCCAAAGAUAUUUUAUUUUUAUUUGACAAUAGUA